AUGUAUCCAAAUUGGGAUGAAAGUAUCGAACGUCCCUAUUUUGUCCGAGAAGAUGGGCUGUUCCCUACCCCUGGAAUGGUAGAGCUCGCCUUACCAUAUUUUAAAAAAGGGGACGACUUUGCUGACUAUUUGCACGAACACGAUGACGACGUCUCCAACGCUCUACGAUCAUGGUCAAAGGAUCUCAAGAACGCUGCCGAUAAACUGUGGUGCACUGCUGACAUCUUGGAUGAAGCGAAAAAAAACGGAACAGACGAUAUAUUUUACGCCCAAGCUGGCACCCAUCAUGCUAGUAUUAGCGGCCUCAAAGAGUACUGGAUGGAAACGCUAAGCGACCUUGAAUGUCACGGUCCGGAGGAGAAAAAGAAGUACAUCGAGGCACUGGGGGAGUACUUUAAGGAUAUGCAAUUCUUGCUUGAAGAGCCUGCUAGAGAUAUUUAG